UUGGUUUCGCCAAUCCUACCAACAAUCCAUCCCUUCACUUAUUUCAACACAAAACUUUCUUUCUCUCAGCCUUCUGGAAUGGCCAACAACGUCCCCGGUGCUCAGGUGUCGAGGUACAUCGGCGACAGGCUCACCCGCCACGACUUCCCUCCGGACUUCAUCUUUGGCGGCGCCACCUCCACUUACCAGGUGGAAGGGGCUUAUGCACAGGAUGGUAAAUCGUUAAAUAAUUGGGAUGUAUUUUCCUUACAGAGGCCUGGAAAAAUUUGUGGUGGUACGAAUGGUUGUUUCGCAAUUGAUCAUUAUAAUAGAUUCAGGGAUGACGUGAAGUUGAUAAAAAAACUAGGUGUAGACGCUUACAGAUUUUCUAUCUCAUGGUCUAGAAUAUUGCCUGGUGGAAGAUUGAGUGGCGGUAUCAACAAAGAAGGCAUUAAGUUCUAUAAUGAUCUGAUUGACUUGUUGUUGGCUCAAGGAAUUGAGCCUUUCGUAACCAUCUUCCACUUUGAUGUUCCUCAAUGCUUGGAAGAGGAGUAUGGUGGCUUUUUAAACGAGAGGAUUGUGGAAGAUUUUGCCGAGUAUGCGGAGUUGUGCUUCUUUGAAUUUGGUGAUCGAGUCAGAUUUUGGAUCACACAAAAUGAGCCAAUUACGUUCGCCAAAAACGGAUAUGUUUACGGAUCUUUCCCACCGGGUCAUGGUUCAGCUUCAUCAGUACCUUCUGAAGGUAAAGCUCUAGGACAUAGAUGUGCUCGUGGAGUCGACAAUAUUACUUAUGGUGGAGACGCGGGAACUGAACCAUAUACUGUGGCACACAAUUUGAUUCUUGCUCAUGCUGUAGCUGGUGAUAUAUAUAAGAGAAAGUAUCAGCGUGUUCAAGGUGGAACGAUAGGAAUUACCCAUAUGUCAGGAUGGUUUGAUCCUUUCAGUGAAACUCAAGCUGACAUUGACGCUGCUAAAAGAGCUGUCGAUUUUAUGUGGGGAUGGUUUGUAGCGCCACUAGUAACCGGUGAAUAUCCUCAAGUUAUGAAGGAUCGAGUAGGAAAUCGAUUACCUAAAUUUACACCAGCACAAUCGAGUAUGUUAAGAAGAUCUUAUGAUUUUAUUGGAAUGAAUUAUUACACCACUUAUUGGGCAGCAUAUAAACCUACCCCACCCGGUACACCCCCAACUUAUUUGACGGACCAAGAAGUUGAAUUUUUUGUUGAACGAAAUGGGAUUCCAAUUGGCGAACAGGCUGCCUCAGAUUGGUUGUACAUUGUACCAUACGGAAUACGAGAGCUUCUUCUUCACACAAAAAAUGUGUACAAUGAUCCUCUCAUUUACAUCACAGAGAAUGGGGUGAAUGAGAAGAACGACUGGCAAUCAACGAUUCAAACGGGUCUAAAGGAUGAUUUUAGAAUCAAAUUCCAUCAAGACCAUUUGGCCUUCGCAAAGGAAGCCAUGGACUUGGGAGUGAGGCUGGCGGGCUAUUUUGCAUGGUCGUUGUUCGACAAUUAUGAAUGGGCCGAAGGAUACACAGUUCGAUUUGGAAUGUACUAUGUGGACUAUGUGAAUGGUUUCACCAGAUACCCCAAGCGAUCGGCUAUAUGGUACAUGAACUUCCUAAACAAAAAAGACCUUCCACGUCCCAAGAGAGAAGUUGAAGAAAUUGAAGACAGUAACGCAACAACGAAAAAGAGAAAGGGUGCUUAAGCGUAUCUGAGUCGUUCAUGCCCUUUUUUCUCUGCUUGAUGAUAAAGUUAUGCCUUGUAUUCUCAAAUAAGCGCUUGAAGCGCCUGUUGUUGUAGUCGUAAUGUUUGUUGUAGUAAAUUAAGGUUGAGUCCUUUUAUGGCAACUUUGUAUUCUCAAAUAA